AUGGAAACUGUCGAAAGAAGACCGUUUUAUCUAUACAGUAAGUCCCAAAUCACAAGAAACUUUGAGGCUUACAGGGAGGCUUUGGAGGGCUUGAAUUCGAUAAUCGGGUACGCGAUUAAAGCUAAUAAUAAUUUCAAGAUUUUAGAGCAUUUGAGGAGGUUGGGUUGUGGCGCUGUGUUGGUCAGUCGUAACGAACUUAGAUUGGCCCUUCGUGCCGGGUUCAAUCCCACUAGGUGUAUCUUUAAUGGAAAUGGAAAGACCUUGGAGGAACUAGUGCUGGCUGCCCAAGAAGGGGUCUUUAUUAAUAUUGAUAGCGAAUUUGAUUUGGAUAAUAUCAUAGCUGCUGCACGAAUUGCAGGGAAGAAGGUUAAUGUACUUCUUCGUAUCAAUCCAGAUGUGGAUCCUCAGGAGGCGUUGGAGGGCUUGAAUUUGAUAAUCGGGUACGCGGUUAAAGCUAAUAAUAAUUUCAAGAUUUUAGAGCAUUUGAGGAGGUUGGGUUGUGGCGCUGUGUUGGUCAGUCGUAACGAACUUAGAUUGGCCCUUCGUGCCGGGUUCAAUCCCACUAGGUGUAUCUUUAAUGGAAAUGGAAAGACGUUGGAGGAACUAGUGCUGGCUGCCCAAGAAGGGGUCUUUAUUAAUAUUGAUAGCGAAUUUGAUUUGGAUAAUAUCAUAGCUGCUGCACGAAUUGCAGGGAAGAAGGUUAAUGUACUUCUUCGUAUCAAUCCAGAUGUGGAUCCUCAGGUUCAUCCUUAUGUUGCCACCGGUAACAAGAACUCCAAAUUUGGUAUCAGAAAUGAGAAGUUGCAAUGGUUUCUAGAUGCUGUGAAGGCAUAUUCCAAUGAAUUGAAACUUGUGGGGGCCCAUUGCCAUCUUGGUUCUACCAUUACCAAGGUAGACAUUUUCAAAGAUGCUGCAGUAAUAAUGGUGAACUACAUCGACCAAAUUCGAGCCCAAGGCUUUGAAAUUGAUUACUUAAACAUUGGAGGUGGUCUGGGGAUUGAUUAUUAUCAUACUGAAGCUAUCCUUCCCACCCCCAGAGAUCUUAUUGACACAGUAGACAUUUUCAAAGAUGCUGCAGUAAUAAUGGUGAACUACAUCGACCAAAUUCGAGCCCAAGGCUUUGAAAUUGAUUACUUAAACAUUGGAGGUGGUCUGGGGAUUGAUUAUUAUCAUACUGAAGCUAUCCUUCCCACCCCCAGAGAUCUUAUUGACACAGUAGACAUUUUCAAAGAUGCUGCAGUAAUAAUGGUGAACUACAUCGACCAAAUUCGAGCCCAAGGCUUUGAAAUUGAUUACUUAAACAUUGGAGGUGGUCUGGGGAUUGAUUAUUAUCAUACUGAAGCUAUCCUUCCCACCCCCAGAGAUCUUAUUGACACACUAGCCUCAUUCUGCACUACCUUUGUAGUGGAGGGUUCCUUGAUAUACCAAGGACAGUCUACUGACUUUGUGAUGUCUGGAGAUGUGAUCAUUAACAGAAGUGCUUAUAUGGCUUUUGAAUUCUUGCCUCCUAAUGGGGUUAGAGAGCUGGUGCUUUCACGUAAUCUCAAUCUCAUCAUAGAACCUGGGAGAUCGCUUAUUGCAAAUACUUGUNGCAGCAUUGGUACUUUGGACGAUGUGAAGGUUAGAGAGCUGGUGCUUUCACGUAAUCUCAAUCUCAUCAUAGAACCUGGGAGAUCGCUUAUUGCAAAUACUUGUUGCUUAGUUAAUCGUGUCAUUGGAGUGAAAACAAAUGGGACAAAAAAUUUCAUUGUGAUCGAUGGCAGCAUGUCAGAACUUAUCCGCCCUAGUCUCUAUGGUGCUUAUCAACACAUAGAGCUGGUUUCUCCUUUACAACCUGAUGCUGAGAUUUCUAAUUUUGAUGUUGUGGGUCCGGUCUGCGAGUCGGCAGAUUUCCUGGGAAAGGAUAGGGAACUUCCAACACCUCCUAGGGGUACCGGCUUGGUGGUUCACGAUGCUGGCGCUUACUGCAUGAGUAUGGCAUCAACUUACAAUCUCAAGAUGCGUCCACCAGAGUAUUGGGUUGAAGAAGAUGGAUCAAUCUCCAAAAUCCGGCAUGGGGAAACAUUUGAAGACCAUAUGAGAUUCUUUGAGGGUCUUUAG